AUCAAAGCUCAAAAAUUGAUUUGUUUGACUAAAUAUGAUUCAUAAAUUUAUUAAUCAAUACGUAAGAAUUGAUUAAUUUAAUGAUUUGUAAAGAUGAUCAUUAAAUAAACUGAGCAAAGUGGUUUAUUCUUGAUUGUUAUAAAUUGUCAACGAGGUUUCACUUGUUGAAAUUCAAAUUCUCUUAAAUCAACAACCAAACUUUUCUGAUUUAUUAAUAAUAAUGAUAAGUUGCAAAUUUUUUUACCAAACAAUUAAACUUAAAUUGAAUCAAUUCUACCAAAUGGUCUCAUUAAAUGAUUUUAAUGACGAAGAUACAAUCAAAUUGUUACAACAAUUUGAAUCCCUCGCGAAGUUCAAUCUAGUCAUGAACCGAGAUUUUCAACAGAGAUUUGAUCAACCGAUUCCAAUCAAAUUAAAAUUAAUUCGCUUAAUUUUUCGACUAAUUGUUUCCAUAACUUUAUUACGUUUAAUUGGUCUAUUAUUUAUCUCAUCUAAUUGUUAUCAAACAAUUAUCGCCGAUCCGUUGAUUGAUGUCAAAGGCCGUGAAUCAUUCAUCAUGUUUACAAUAGUUUUCAUAUCAACUCACAUGUUAAUCCAUGAAAUGAGUUUAAUUUACGAAAAGCAGGGUCGAUACAUUGCAUUGAGAAUUUUCUCCCAAAUUAAAUCAAAUCGAUUCUCACCUGAUUAUCUCAACAUUAAUCUGGAACAAAUUAAAUUAUUCAAGAAGAUUUUCCAUUUUGUUUUAAUCAUAAUAAUACGAUUGUCACAAAUUCUCAUCGUUUCAACAAUUCUAUUACCAUUAUUAAUCCGAUUGGCUAAUUCUAAAUCGUUGGCAACUUAUCAGUUAAUUGUUUCAUCUUUUUUUUGGAUAAUCAUUGAAGCUACUGUACUAGCUAUUAAUGUCCUCGGGGGUGCAUUAAUCGGAGGCUGUAUGAUACUUUACAGUAUAAUCCUUUACUUUCAGUUGGAUAAAAUUGAUCGCUUCAGUUUGUCGUUAGUGAAAUAUGGAUUAACUAAUCCCCAUGAGAAGCAAAUUAAAUCACUCAACGUCCACAUGAUUAAAUACAUGAAUAGAUUUGAUAAAUUAAUAGAUGAUAUAAGGUACAUGUUGUUAGUCCUGUUCCUGUUGAUCUCAUUCUGUGGUGAUUCCUUCAUAUUUAUUGGAUUAACUGUUGACACUGGCUCUAAAUUGUGGUCUAAUUCACUUGUUGCUUUUGGAUUUUAUUUUUUAAUCUUUGUUGGUAUUGGAGGUUAUAUUUGUGGAUUUUUCUACCUUAAGGUAAACAAUUAGUUAAUUGUUGUUCUUUUCAUCAAGUGUUAACUUAUUAUUUACUUUAUUUGUGAUUGUCAAGCUUAAAGGGUUACAGGUUAAUCUGCUAAGAGUUUUAGUACGCUCAAAAAAUGAGAUUAAUCAACAAUUUAAGUCCAUGGAAUUGAUUCAUCGACUUAAUCAUCCAGAUACUGGAGUGCUCAUUGGAGAUUUACUGACAAUUAAACCUCAAUUUAUUGCCUAUGUAAGUAUAUUCAUCUUAUUUAAUUUGAUUGUUUACUAAUUAUCUUCUUAAAAAUCAAAGUAUAUUCUGGAAAAUAUGAGCAUAAUUAUGUUGCUAAUUCUCAAUUUACGAUCAGCAAUCAGACCGUAAUUGUUGAUCUAAAUAUUUCAUCGAUAUGAUAAUCAGUCCAAUUUGUAUUGUUAUUUAAAUUAUGUUUUAAUUACAAGACCAAUUAUUAUUAAAUAAU